AUGCCGAUACUGUACGGAGAAGGCGAGAGGGCAUUGGUUAGGUUGCAGGAAGAGAUCAUCACGAAGACAAACGACCUGACCCUGUUCGCGUGGGAAGCGAGGCAGGGCGAGAGCAGGGACAACAGCAGGCAGCAGAAAUACCGGGGCAUCCUGGCCAGAUCCCCGGCCGAGUUCAUUGACGCCGGGAAUAUCCUCUCCGUGGAUGGUUCGAGAUUCGACGGCGACUUUUCCACCGGGGCCUGCGAAUGGAUGUCGGCCUGGAUCAUGCCGCUCAACUGCCGUCGCAACGGCAGCAACGGCAGCAACAACGAGCAGAAAAGACUCGGGAUAUACCUCAAGAAGCACGGAGCGGGGGUGUACGCCAGGGCCCCGCCGGUCGCGUUCAUCAGCAAGUGCAUCAGCCCCAAGCAGUCCACGAGCUUGGGCGGGAACCACCGGCACGCCAUAAUGCUGGGGUCGAGCUUCAAGGUCGACAUGUGGAAGGCGACCAUGAUCCAGCCGGCCGACUCCUUCGACAAGAACAACCAGAUGUUCCUGACAACUGGGCUGGCCUCCUUUUUCGGGUAUGCCCUUCAUGGCGGUGCAGAGGGAGGUGGCCGGCCGGCGCAUGGCGGGCGGCCACUUCCUGGUUGGGUUUGGCACCGGUGGCUCGAGGCUGUGGGCUAGGAUAUGCGUGCCGUUGAAGAACGGCUAGGCGUUCGUCUCGCUUCGGGAUCUGAAGAAGACGGAAGAGGUUGUGAGCCAGGUUAGGGAGACGGAAGUGGAGAUAUUUGACGUACAC